GCUCACCUGGUGGCAGCGUUUGAACAGAGUCUGGGCAACAUGACCAUCAGACUGAAGAGUCUCACCUUGACGGCAGAGCAGAAGGACUCUGAGCUGAAUGAGCUGAGGAAGACCAUUGAGCUGCUGAAGAAGCAGAACGCCGUUGCUCAGGCGGCCAUCAACGGAGUCAUCAACACACCUGAACUCACGCCUCGAGGGGACAGAACAGGCAGCAGCAACGGCAGUCCACAGCAGCAGCAGCAGCAGCAGCAGCAGCAGCAGCAGCCAGACCUGCGCAUCAGGAGGCAGCACUCGUCUGACAGCGUCAGCAGCAUCGCCAGCGCAACCAGUCAUUCCAGUGUGGGCUCCAACAUGGACGCUGACGCAAAGAACAAGAAGAAGAACAAGAAGAACUGGGUAAGACGUCAGAACAAUGACGACCUGUGA